AUGGUAAGAAACUCAAAUAGAAAGGAUAUUGGAGAUGCCAAAUUUUAUAUUAUCAUUGAUGAAGCUUGUGAUGAAUCUAAAAAAGAGCAAAUGACUAUUGUUUUGAGAUUUGUUGAUGUGGAUGGUUUUAUUCGUGAACGCUUCUUUGAUCUUGUACAUGUUAGUGAUACUAGUGCCUUGACUUUGAAAAAAGAGUUGGUGUCCGUGCUUUCUAUUUAUAAUCUCCAAAUUGAAAAUAUUCGAGAUCAAGGGUAUGAUGGUGCUAGCAAUAUGAGAGGGGAAUGGAAUGGUUUACAAGCUUUAUUUCUCAAUGAUUGCCGACAAGCAUAUUAUGUCCAUUGUUUUGCUCAUAGAUUACAGUUAGCACUAGUGGCUGCUUCAAGGGAAGUUCUUCAAAUUCAUGAGUUUUUCACACAAUUGACUGCUAUUGUCAAUAUUGUUGGUGCAUCUUGCAAACGACAUGAUCAACUACAAAAAGCUCAAGAAAUUGAAAAUACAAAAUUGGUUGCCAAUGAUGAGCUAAAAACAGGUCAAGGUGCAAAUCAAAUGGGCACUUUACAAAGAGCUGGAGAUACAAGAUGGAGUUCUCACUUUCAUUCUGUUUGUAGCUUGAUAAGAAUAUUUGCAGCUACUCAAACCGUUCUUAAUAACAUUAUUGAUGAUGGUACAACUUCUAUUCAAAGAAGUGAGGCUUAUGGUGUCAACAAAGUGCUAUCCUCGUUGGAAUUUAUUUUUUCGUUACAUUUGAUGAAGGAAAUUAUGGGGAUUACUAAUAUUUUGUGCCAAGCAUUACAACAAAAAUCUCAAGAUAUUUUCAAUGCAAUGCAUGUUGUUUCCACAUCAAAACUACUUCUUCAAAAAUUGAGGGAUAAUGGUUGGUGCAAUUUACUUGAGAUUGUUAAGAAGUUUUGUGAGAAACAUGAAAUUGACAUCCCUGAUAUGUGGUGUUACAAUAUGAGUACACAAUACACGGUUGGAAGAGGUCGAUCUCGUCAACCAAAGAUAACAAUCGAGCAUCAUUAUCGAGUUGAUGUGUUUCUGGCAGCAAUUGACUCUCAAAUUCAAGAGUUAAAUAGUAGAUUCAAUGAGGAAACCAUGGAGCUUUUGACUUUAAGUACUGUUUUAGACCCUAAAGACAAUUUUAAGUUGUUUAAUAUUCAAAAUAUAUGCAAGUUAGCUGAAAAGUUUUAUCCUUCAGAUUUUUCUGAUCAUGAAAUGAUUCUCUUGAAUGCUCAAUUGCAACAUUAUGCAUUUGAUAUACCGAAUCAUCUAAAAGAUGUUGGGACACUUUCUGAGUUAUAUCAAAGAUUGAAGGAAACAGGAAAAUCAAGAACUUAUCAUUUGGUUGAUAGACUGAUUCGCAAUGUCUUGACUCUUCCACAUAAUGUAACACACUGUGAUCAUCAUCAUUGUGCAGAAGAAGGGGAGAAAGUUGCAAGCUUUGAUCCGAUGAAGAUGAACACCAACCAUGGUUUUAGAGAGAAACGGUGA